AUGGCUUGGUCAGUUGAACUGUCUGAAUUCGACAUCAUCUUUCAACCUAGAGGUCCGAUCCAAUCACAAUGCUUGGCCGAUUUGUUCAAUCAGUUGCAACCGAAAAGGGACUUCGAGUGUGAUCCAUGGGUGCUCCGUGUCGAUAGUUCGUCCAACAGCCAGGGUGGUGGAGCUGGUGUAAUUCUUGAAGGGCCUUCAGGUUUAGCUCUAGAGCAAUCUCUACGUUUUGCAUUCAAAGCCUCAAACAACCAGGCUGAAUAUGAAGCCCUAUUAGCAAGGCUAAGGCUAGCACACAAAGUGGGGGUGAGAAAGUUAAUCUAUUGGACCGACUCGAAGGUGGUAUCGAAACAGGUAAAACACACGCCAAGAGAAAACAAUGAAAGGGCUGACCAAUUGGCUCGACUAGCCAGUUGCAGCCGAAAACCAGGGCAACUCAGGACCACCCUUCACUUGGAACUCCCAACUCCGAGCGUUAGCUCAACCGAGUGCCUCGAGGUAUCCGAAGCACGAGCAACAUGGAUGGAUGAAAUUAUGAACUUCAUCACGACAGGCAAAGAACCCGAAGAAGCCUUAGCUGCAAAGAAAAUUCGAACCCAGGCUGCUAGAUACUCAGUCAUUGGCAACACGUUGUAUAGAAGGGGUUUUUCCACUCCAUUACUUAAGUGUGUCGACUCAGAGCAAGCUGAGUACGUCCUACGAGAAGUUCAUGAAGGGAUUUGCGGCUUCUACUUGGGGGGUAGGACUUUAGCAGCCAAGGUUUUGAGAGUCGGUUAUGACUGGCUGACUUUAAAGGUAGAUUGCGCAAACUUCGUUAAACGUUGCAUCCAAUGUCAAAAACACGGCAAUAUCAUCUACGCUUCAGCAGAAGAAUUGCAUAGCAUCAGUACCCCUUGGCCUUUUGCCUUAUGGGGAAUGAAUAUCCUCGGACCUUUCCCCCUCGCAAAAAGACAAUGCAAAUUCUUAUUGGUAGCUAUUGACUAUUUCACAAAAUGGAUCGAGGCCGAACCACUAGCUACGAUCACCGCUAACAUGGUUCAGAAGUUCAUGUGGAGAAACAUUAUCACACGGUUUGACAUUCCUCAUGCCAUCAUAACUGAUAAUGGACUUCAAUUCAUAGACCAAAAGUUGAACAAGUUCAUGGAGGAUUUAGGCAUUCGACACUGA